GCUGCAUAAAUUAAGAUGGCGACUGGCUGAAUGGAAAACCUGCCCUUGUGAGACUUUCUUCCAAAAUUUCGUCCUUAUGAAGAAGAGAAAUCGGCCCCAAACACAAAAUGUCGGAAAUUAAUACAAGUGACCUAACUCCCGAUGAACUUCGGAGAGAAAUUGAACGUCUGCAAGUCGAGUUACAGGAGACAACUCAGGAGAAAGUGCAGGCUGCAGAAUAUGGUUUGGCCGUUCUAGAGGAAAAAGAACGCCUGCGUCUGCAGAUAGAAGAGAUAGAAGGUCAUUAUGAAACCGUGAAACACGAGCUCGAUUGUGCCAAAGAGGCCUUAAGUAAACACCAGGACACUUUUCGGAAGCAGCAGAAGUCCGGGAUCCACCAUGAGGACUCGGUCCUACAGGAAGCUGCCACGCGGGAAGAAAGUUACAAGUCCACCCUCAUCGAGUACGAGACAGAACUCAAGACCUGCAAGCAGGCGCUCGAGCGCUUCUCAUCUGAAAACGAGCGCCUGAACUCGGCACUGCUGGAGUGUCAGCAGCACAAUGACAGCCUGGAGGAACAGAGGCGGCAGAUCAAGAACGAGAUUCGCGAGUACAAGAUCCGAGAGAACAGGAAUCUCGUGGACUACGCCGAGCUCGAGGACGAGAACAUCAACCUCCAGAAGCAGGUGUCUCAACUCAAGCAGAGCCAGGUGGAGUUCGAGGCUAUGAAGCAUGAAGUAAAGCGACUCCAAGAAGAGGCAGACGACCUAAAUGUACAGCUGGAUGAUGCUGUCAAUUUAAAAAAAAUUGUGGACAAAAACUACGAGGAAGCAAUCGCAGCUCUCCAACAUGAGCGAGAGCAAAAACACGCCCUCAAAAAGGAACUGGACACCAGGCUUAAUCAGGAGUCCAUGUUUAAUUUGAGUAACCUCGCUCAGCUGGGGGGUCUCACAGAGGGGCUACCCAGGUCGAUGCAUCAAGACAACGGGGUCGCCCCAGAGGAGGACGACAGUGAAAAUCCAUCCCUGCGAAGGUUACAGGCAGAUUUCAAGAAGGACGACACAAAGUCACCUGUCAAGCCUGGGCCGGGUAAGGUAAAUGACAUUCUGAGUGAGAUCCAGGAGAACGAGGUGAAGAAGUUGGAACAGCUAUUGGAGCAGAGUGAGUCCGAGAAGUCGGAGCUUCAGAAUGCCCUCGAGGAGGCUCAGAAACUCAUUGAGGACACACAGAGGGACCUCAUCGAGCAGAAGAGUCGGGCUGAUCAAUUGAAGGCCCAGAUUUCCUCUGUGAUAAGUUCCCCGGAAUCUCCAGGAGUGGAGGAAUCUUUGGAAGAACUUAUUGCUAAGGAGAGCGAUCCGGAAAAGAGGGCUCUGCUCGAGAUGAAGAAGAACUUGUUCUCCAAUGAGAAGAAAUACUCAACAGCUCUGUCUGAGAUUAGCCACUUACAGAGCGAGAUCAAUAAACUUCAGGAAAAAGGUCAUAGUGGUUCAAAGCAAGGUAACAAGGAGUUUGACAGUGCAAUCAAUGAUUUGAGGAGCAAGUGUAAUCAAUAUGAAGAGCUGAUCAAAGAUUUGGAGAAAGAUCUGAAGACAAUGACCCUGGCUGCUGGAGAAGCUCAAGGCAGUCUGAACACGACUCAGGACGAGUUAGUCAGGGUUACAGAGGAGCUUGCACAGCUUUAUCAUCUCGUGUGUGAAGUCACAGGUGAAACACCAAGCCGAGUCAUGUUGGACCAUGCCAAGGCAUCGUCACAACUGGCGCGGCAAGAGAAUGGUGAGGAGAAAGAAGAGGAGAAAGAUGAUGAAAAAUCAGAUGAGACUUCACCAAAGACCAAAUCUAAAAAAUCAAAAUCCAAGAAAGACAUUUCUAGUAGUGAAAGUAAGGGAGAUCCUAUCUCCUGCUACAAACUGUCAGAGACAAUCAUGGAUCAAGUGAAAUAUCUCAAGCGAGCUGUGGAACAUCUCAUGGAGGUGUCCCGACAGCGUGGAGACGACUCGGAGAGUUCGGACGUUUUGGAGUUGCAAGAACAAAUUGUUAAACUCAAAGCCAUGUUGUCCACCAAGAGAGAACAAAUUGCCACACUCAGGAGCGUGCUCAAAGCCAACAAGUCCACUGCCGAGAUCGCUCUGGCCAAUCUCAAACAGAAGUACGAGAACGAGAAGGUCAUUGUUACAGAAACCAUGAUGAAACUCAGAAAUGAGCUCAAGGCACUCAAGGAAGACGCGGCUACGUUUGCCUCGCUGAGAGCCAUUUUUGCCAAACGGUGCGACGAGUAUGUCACUCAGCUCGACGAGCAACAGCGACAGUUGAUCAGUGCCGAGGAGGAGAAGAAAACUCUGAACUCGCUGCUGCGUAUGGCGAUUCAGCAGAAACUGACACUGACGCAGCGCCUCGAGGAUCUGGAGUUUGACCGGGAGAGGCGGACCAUGCGGCGACAAGAUGGGGGUGGAGGAAGGGGGCGGAGUAAGACGGCGUCCAAAGUAAGUCACUCCCACAACUCAUAUCCUGACGACCGGCACGGGGGCGCGAGGUCUUAUCACCAUAACUUCAGGCGAGAUUAUUAGUCGCCUGUUUUGCGGUGAGUUUAGUCAACAGAAGAGCACAAGUGCUUAGGAAUGCCUGGCAACCAUUUCCUCUCUCUCUAUACAUAAUAUCUUAAUCAUUUAUAUACUGUUGCCUCUGUAUUUGCAAUGUUAUAAAGAAUGCACUUUUUUGGAAUAAUAUCUCUCUUCUUUUUUAAAAAGUACUUUAUCAAGUAUUUUGCUUUUUCCUUUAUAUGCAUGACUUUAUUUUAAUAUACAUGUACCUUGAUUUUGAUAUUUUACCAAAAUUGUGUUAGGACAUUUAGCAAUGCUCAUAUUUAAAUACUUUGGCCAUUUUUAUGAACAUUUUCCUGUUUAAUCUAUCCAAAAAAAAGUUUCAAAUUUAAAUUCAUUGAAUUUUCAGUAAGUAUUUGAGGGACAUAGUGGUAAUAUAAUUAUGUAUUUCGAGAACAUAUAUCUGUGCCUGAGGUUUUCAGGAAAGUAAGCUAUAGGAAAUGGUUGCCAGUGAUGCCACUCUCUCUUACCUACCGCUUACUCCUGUACUGCUAAAGGUGAAGGUCAGGUCACGGGUUUGUAUCAUAACCAUGGUAACAGGUCACAUGUACCUUUAGGUCUCUGUCAGGCUUAGAUGUAGGUAACUAUAAUCAACUCAUACCUGUGUAUAUAUAUAUAAGGAGCCGAGCACUAAAAUUAACAAUGCAAGCUGUUGAAAGGUUUCAACAUUAUAUUCUAUCAAUUCUCUCUUCUGAGUGUUUUCAUUCAAAAGUAGGUUGCUCUGCUUCGAUCAAUGAGGAAGGAACAAGCGCCUGACUAUAGGUGAAGCUUUUUAACCAAAUUCUGAAUUUUUCUAUUUACUUAAAGAAAAGUAUUUCUUCAGUGUUCUUCCAGCAAUAGAAGAUCUUUGUUUUGUCCUACAUGUAGCUACUACAUGUACUAGUACCAUACAUAUAUUACUACAACACUGAUCCAUUUCUUUGCCUUUCUUGGAGUGAUGUCUAAUAUCAAAUGUGUGUAAUAAUUUUCAAGGGAGAUAACUUUUAGGAAAAUGACCAAAACAAAUCAGUUUGAAAAUAUGCUCUGUAUGGAUAAAACAAUUUGUGAUAAUUGUAUUCAGAAUAAUAGGAAAUCAAGAAUUAGUGAUUUUGGUAUUUUUGUUUGGAGCAAAGCGUAUGAAAUAUUUGUAAAAAUAUUUUUUAAAAAGAGAGAAAAAAAAAAUGACCAUUCCAUUUGAACACCGUCUAGUAAUGACUUGUAGACUUGCUUCUCUUUUCCUCCUUGUACGGGAAACAGCAGCAGUAUGUAUGACGUGUAAUUAUCUUUUUGUUAUUUCUCUUUUCUUACAAUUUGAUAGAACGUGUAUCUAUAUAUGUAUUAUAAACUUCUAGAGCCUUUGUGUUUUGUGUUCCGUCGGACAGAUGUGUGCUGCAUGAGAUCACCUUGCUAUUUCAAACAGAUCUGUUCUCUUAUAGUCAUAUUAGUACAGUGUAUAUUAUAUACAUAAACAAUGUACUGCAAAUGU